GAGGAGGAUAAUGAAGGCUUCAUAAACGUGUGCGGCAGCGGCUUAAUGCUCUAUGGGGAGUUGCAUGAGAAGCUGUUCAAGCACCAGCGAGAAGGUGUUGCCUUCCUGUACCGCCUGCACCGGGAGGGCAGGCCUGGUGGCAUCCUGGCAGAUGACAUGGGCCUGGGCAAGACCAUCCAGGUCAUUGCCUUCCUCUCGGGCAUGUUCGAUGCUGAGCUUGUCCAGCAUGCCCUGCUCAUCAUGCCCACCACCCUGGUCAGCAGCUGGCUGGCUGAGUUUGCCAGCUGGACCCCUGGCCUGCGUGUCAAGGAGUUUCACGGCACCAGCAAGACAGAGCGCACCAGGAACCUGGAGAGGGUCCAGAGGAAGAAUGGCAUCAUCAUCACAAGCUACCAGAUGCUCAUUAACAACUGGAAGCAGCUAGGUAGCUGCCGUGAGCAGGAGUUUGUCUGGGACUAUGUCAUUUUAGAUGAAGCACAUAAGAUCAAGUGCCCGUCUAACAAGACGACCAAGUGUGUGUAUGCUAUUCCGGCCCAGCACCGCAUCCUGCUCACAGGCACUCCUGUGCAGAACAAUCUGCGGGAAAUGUGGUCCCUGUUUGACUUUGCCUGCCAAGGCUCCCUCCUGGGAACUGCCAAAACUUUUAAAAUGGAAUAUGAGAACCCUAUUACAAGGGCAAGGGAGAAGGACGCAACUCCAGGCGAGAAAAUGCUGGGGCUAAAGAUGUCGGAGAAUCUCAUGGCCAUCAUAAAGCCCUAUUUCCUCAGGAGAACCAAGGAAGACAUCAAAAACUAUAGUGCUGGUGAAGUAGAUGCUCUUCUUCCUGAGGAUCCAAGUGAGAACAGGGCUCCUGUCAUGCCAUCUCUCACUAGGAAAAAUGACUUUGUUGUGUGGGUGUACCUGGCACCAGUGCAGGAAGAAAUCUACAGAAAAUUUCUCUCUCUGGAUCAAGUGAAGGAGGUGCUGAUGACAACCAGAUCACCUUUGGCUGAGCUGACAAUCUUGAAGAAGCUCUGUGACCAUCCCAGGCUUCUGUCUAUGAGAGCCUGUUUACAGCUGGGCUUGGAAGAGCAGGACUGCUCUGAGGAGGAUCCCGGGAAUGAAGCAGGUGUGCUUUCAGGCUCAAAUAAAAUAGAUUCUCUCCCUGAUGAGAUUGUGAUCAAGGAGUCUGGGAAGAUGCAGUUCCUUGUGGGACUGCUCGAACGAUUGCGAGAAGAGGGACACCGGACCCUGGUGUUCUCACAGUCGAGGAAGAUGCUGGAUAUCAUAGAGAAUGUCCUGUCUCGCCGGCAAUUCCAGAUCCUGCGCAUCGACGGCACCGUGACCCACCUGACGGAGCGGGAGAGACGCAUCAAUGCCUUCCAGAGCAACACGGACUACUCAGUCUUCCUGCUCACCACACAGGUCGGGGGCGUUGGCAUAACCUUGACAGCAGCCAACCGAGUGGUGAUCUUUGAUCCCAGCUGGAAUCCUGCGACUGAUGCUCAGGCUGUGGACAGAGCUUACAGGAUCGGGCAGAAAGAGAAUGUGGUGAUUUACAGACUGAUCACCUGUGGCACUGUGGAAGAGAAGAUAUACAGACGGCAGGUGUUUAAGGAUUCGUUGAUAAGACAGACCACUGGUGACAAAAAGAACCCGUUCCGCUAUUUCUCCAGGCAGGAACUAAGGGAGCUUUUCACACUGGAAGAUACUCGGUCAUCUGUGACUCAGAUCCAGCUGCAGUCCCUGCAUGCCACGCAGAGGAAGACUGACCUGCAGCUGGAUGAACAUAUUGCUUACCUGCACUCCCUGGCAAUGUUUGGCAUUUCCGACCAUGACCUGAUCCACACACAGGAGACGGCUCAUGAGGAGCAGGUGGAGAGUGAGGAAGCUCAUCAGUACAUCCAGCGUAGGGUACAGAAAGCCCAUGAGCUGGUCCAGCUGGAGUCCCAGCUCAGAGACCAGAGGAUGGAGGGGAUCAUAAACACUUGUGAAGAGAAGAGCCAAAGACCCGCAGGAUUGGUUUCUGGGCCAAAGAAAUUGUCUCCAGGGUUGAAUGACAAAAAUCACUUUGUUUCACCACUAGUAGCUGCUGCACAUGGAGAAGACAGAGUUAUUGAUCUUACGGAGGACGAGGAGGCCCAGGUGCUUAACAUCAGCUCCAAAAUGACAACUCUGAUUAUUGGUGACUUGGAUGAAGAGAAACCAGUGCAAGAUGUGUCCAGUAUGGAGGCAGAGCUGCUUAAUACCAGCAAGACAGAGGGACCAUCUGAUAUACAAGAAUGUGAGCAAAAUUCUGAAUCCAGCCGUAUACCAUCAUCCCCUGGAGUCAACAAAGAGAGUCAGAGCCUCCAAGAGAAAAAGCAUUCCCAUGUAUAUUCAGACAGCUUGGCUGAGGCAGGGAAUGACCUGUCUGGGUAUUGUCAGCAGUUUUUCAAUGACUCUGGCACAGAUAACAAACUCAAAAGGGAUGCAGAAAUGUCAGUUCAGGUCCUUGACCCACAGGCUGCCCUGGGGACAGAGCAGAAAGAAGUUCCUGAGCCAGCUUUGGCUUCCACAGUGCUGAGCUUAUCAAACUUGACACCUGAAACCCAUGCUGGGCUCCACAAGUCUCAUGUGCUGGAAGACAGCUCCAAGAACAUGUCUGCACCUUCACUCCAGGAUCAAGUUGACUUCAAUCUGGUCUUGGAAGAGUCUGAUGAGGGAAGGCAGGAUGCCUCAAAUAGGGAAGGAUCAGUGGAACACCCAGAGAAGAAAAGCUUCCAACUCCAGGCAGAAAGCUUGUGUAAAUCUCCAGCCAAAGAAUCUCCAAUCAAAACAUCUCCACACCAAACGUUGCUGACUGAGCCCAGUGACCAUGGCAAACCCCGUCCUGCAGCUGAGGAAGAGCCAAAUGCUUCCCUGCACAGGAGCAUAGCUUCAGAGGGAAGCAGUGGUCUCUUUACUUGUGGUAGGAAGAAACGCUUAAACAGAAUUGUGUCAGACAGUGAGAGUGAAGAGCAACCUGAACAAAUACCCUCCUCUCCCUGGGACACCUCUCAGCACCAAUUUCUGGAAGGAAUUAGCGCGUCCACCCCUAAAUGUGACAAAACUAGAGCUAGACCCAUCUUUUCUCCCCAGCUGAUGAACAGUGGGAACAGGUCUAACGCUUCCAGGCGCUCGUUCAUCAACAGGGUGGUAGAUGAGGUAGAGGAUAUUGGGGAAAUCAUGGGAACCACUGAUGAAGAAGAUGAUGAUGACGACAGUGAUGAGGAGCAAGAUGAGCUUGUGGAAGAAGAAGCUGAGGAGUGCAGUGGGGAAUCUACUGAGCCUGUAGAAGAACCUGCUGGAGAAACACUUGAUACAGGUGAAGAGUCCUCCCAUCUAGACAGUGUGGAAUCUGAGCAGUCAGAGGUAGAGGAGACAGAGUCAUCUCAGGAGGAAUCCACUGGUGAUGCUGAGCUUCAGCUGGGGGAGCAGAUUGACUGCUUCACCCAGGAAAGCAGCUCUGAAAAGAGGGUUGGCCAGAGCUCCUCUCCUGCUGUGGGAGAUUACAACACCUUGGUACACCGUGGGAAGAAACUUCAGGAUGAUGGAAAACUCCAAGAGGCAUUGGACUGCUUCCAGCAAGCACUUGACAUAAAAACUGGCGAUCCUGAAGUUAUGCUUCUGACUCUAAACUUGUACAGACAGCUGGCCCAGAAGUGA